AUGAGAAUAUAGCAUUUUGAAAAUUCUCUCUUAAUUGGAUAACUAUGGAUAGGAUCAGUAUCUGAUUCCUUCAUGAUUAUAUUCGUCUUAGGUUCUUAUGCCAUUUUACAAUGUAAUUUUUAUGUUCAUUUCUCUAAUUAGAUUAUUUUCUCUAUUUUUUUUCAGAAGAUUACUAUUUAACAAAUUCAUGGAUCAGUUGGACAUGCCUAGUUAUGUUCUUAUAUAGUUAUUUAUGUGGGACUUUUACAGAACCUGGAGUAAUAAGAAGACCAUAACCAGAUGAUGAAGAAUCGUUUAAUUCAAUAAAAUCUAAUAAAAGUGUUAGAAAUGAAAAAGUUGGGGAAUAUUUCUAAGAGAGGUAUUGUGCAAGAUGUAAAAUAAUGAGACCUCCAAAAAGCAGUCAUUGUUAUAAUUGUAAUAAUUGUGUUAAGAUGUAUGAUCAGUAAACAUUUAAAAUAUAUAAGUCAUUGCACUUUUAUGAGUAAUUGUAUAGGAUAAAGAAAUUACAGAUAUUUUAUAGGAUGGAUUUAUACUCUUCUCAUUUAAUGUAUUAUAUGGUAUUUUGUUCUCUUACAACAUUUAUAUCAAAAGUUUAGUAUUUCAGAAACUAUAGAUAAAUUAUAUAAAUCAGAUUACUUACAGUAUGCAGCUUUAACAUUCUUAAUGUCCUUUUGUUGUAAUAUUACUUUUUAGUAAAAAUAUAAUUCAUUUAUUUUAUUAGUUUACGUGGAUGUUGUUAAUCAAUUUUGAAUUUAUUAAUCAUUAUUUGCUGUUGCAUUUGUUUAUAUAGUGGGUACAAUUUUGAUAAAAAAUAUUAUGAAAACUAUUUUUGCAGUUUAAUUUUUGUGAUUAUUACUUUACCUGGAGCAUUAAUGUAUAUAUUUAAUUAAUUGAAUUAGGGCUUUAUCUGUUGGAUUAAAUUAAUCUUUUCAUUUAGCAAUAGGAGUUAAUCAAAAAGAAUGGUCUGUAUUAGAAAGAUAAAUUAAUAUAAAUAGUAUUAAGGAUACUCAAAUUGAAUUAAAUGAAAAUAUUAAUCCAAAUCAAAUAAUAGAUACUCCUGAUUAAGAGAAAUCAAUUGAAGAUCAAAGUAUUUGUAUAGAAAAAGAAUCUGAAGAAGAUAAAUAAUUAAGGUAAAAAAUUUAGGAAGAAAUUGAAAACAAUCCUGAAUUAAAGGGAACUUUAUCAUAAGAAAAAAUUGAAUAUAUAUUUUAAUAGAGAAGGAAUUAUCAUAAAAAGUAAAAGAUGAUUGAAAAUGCAAAUUAAUAAGUUUAAACUUAUAAAAAUAGUGCUUCUUUAAAAAAUUAUUUUUUUAAUUUAAAAAAGGUACUAUUUGAUAAAAUUUCUUAAAGUGAGUUAUAUUGA